AUGGCGUCCACCACAACUACUGCUCUCACCGCCGAUGCUCAACAUCCUCGUGCCCAGUCGCCGUCGGUCACCGCCAUGUCCAUCAUCCCUGCCACAGCCUCCGCAACGACGACGACGACCGCCACCACCACCACUACCAACACCACCACUGAACAAGACUCUCCCGACGACCCAAAAGCCACCACCAACACCAUCACCACCCCCAGCCUCAGCGAUGUGGACUUCGUCCUAACUGUCUCAACUGCGAUUCCACGUCACUUCACGUCUCGGUCUGAGCGGUCACUUGUGAAUCCAUCGCACUGCGACCGGCGUACCAGUGACAGGGGCCACAACUUACGUUCGCCGCAUCAGCCUUCACUGUCCACACUGUCCUUGAGCAUUCAUGUACCGCAUGGGCCUAUUCGGUCAAGUGCGUGUCCACAAAAGCAGGAUUGA